AUGCCGCUCUCCGCGCGAGUCUCGCCCGCAGCCCAGCGGGUCAUCCACGACGCCUUCACCGACCUCAGCCGUACCAUUUCAGAAAAGGACAGGGCAGACUUUGCCGACACGACAUUGGAAAAUGUGAUCAAGGCUGCUCAUGAGAUCGAGAACCAGCUCGCCGCGCGCCAAUUGCUGCGGAACAUGAAGCGCCUGGUGCCGUUAUUCACCGGCCUGGGCUACUACGCGAAGUCGAUCGAGGUUGUCUGCAAUGGCACACCAUAUCUGCCUUGGAUAUGGGCGCCAAUCAAACUAAUCCUCAAGGUUUCAUCUGACUGUGUCAACGCAUUUGAGAAGAUCAUAACGGCGUACGCUCGGAUAGCAGAGCCUCUAGCCAGAUUCAAGAUUCUCCACCAAACAUACUCAAAGAACAUGGAAGUCCAACAGACACUCGCUGUUUUUUACUCGGACAUUCUCAGGUUCCACAAGGAGGCAUACAAGUUCGUGCGAAGGGGCAGCUGGGAAGUAUUCUUCAUGACUUCCUGGGGCCGCUUCCAACGUCGGUUCGACGGCAUCAUUGACGACCUCAAAGCACACGAAAACCUUGUCGAUAAGACCGCCAGCGUAGUGGGACUCGACGAGGCGCGGAAGAUGAGGGAGGAUCUGGUCGCCCUGAGACAAGAGUCGCUUGACAAAGUCACCAAGGAAGAAGAGGAGCGCACGGCGGCUCAAUACGUCGCCAUCGUCGGCUGGCUAAAAAUGGACGACGCCGAACAAGUCAGAAUCUUCGAUUCCGUAUUAGAGGAACCCCAGAAAUAUUCCGGGACCUGCGAUUGGAUAUAUGGCCAAAGCCAGAUGUCGGCGUGGAUGAGAUGUACCCAGGAGUCACCAUUCCUCGUUCUUCACGGUCAUCCAGGAACCGGGAAAAGUGUGCUCGCCACUCAAAUCACCACGUUUCUUAGGUCCUCGGGAAACUCGCUGGUCGUUUCCCAUAUUUGCACAUACACGCAGGCGGCAUCGACCGAGUAUGACCAGAUCCUACGGUCGAUCCUCUUACAAUUGGUUCGAUCCGACACAGACCUAGUGGCUUACAUCUUCGAAGAGUUCAUCUUCAAAAAGAAGAGUGUCACUUCGCAAGCCCUCGAGCGUCUUAUCCUAGAAGUUAUCGAUGCGGUUUCCAACAACCCCUCACAGACGAAGUGUGUCCACAUCAUCGUGGACGGGCUUGAUGAGUGUGACAAGGAAAAGCAACCGAAGAUCAUCAAUUUCCUCGAACGUAUGGUAACCGUCGGUAUCAACUCGACCUCAACAAUCUGCAAGAUUCUUGUCUCGACUCACAUGCCGCCAACAGUAGCCAAGAAAUUGAAGCAGAAGCACGUGGUGUCACUCUCCAACGAGAAGCAGGCCUUGGGGAAGGCCAUCGCAAACUAUGCCGCCCAGAGGCUUGGUGCGCUGCGGACGCGAUGGUUUCAGAUGGGGAUUACGGAUGCCGAACUCAAAGAACUUGAGACUCGACUGACCAAAAAAGCUGACGGGAUGUUUCUUUGGGCCCGACUGGUCCUGGAGUACCUUACAACCAACAUGUUCGUCAAGAAAGCCGAAGUCAUGGACGCCGUUGACACUCUCCCUCGCAAGCUGAGUGAAUUGAAAAUCCUCGCGCAACUCAUUUCCCAUUUCGACAAACGCUCGGUCGCUCGCCUUCAGUCAAUAUUUGGCUGGAUUGCUUUCGCCAAGCGGCCCCUCCGAAAAGCUGAGCUUCGCUCUGCCCUCUCAUAUUCUGCUGAAGCGGAGGAUGUCAACGUCGAUGAGCUAGCUCCGAACUACUUGUUCGAUAUAUUUCUCCAAAGUCCUGAGAGCAACACUAUCCUAGACGAGUUCAGCGCAGUACGCGAGCAAGGGCUCGCCAUCGCAUCGUGUUUAUUGUCAGGGCUUCAAGUUUUCCAGCCCGCGUACCCGGAACAAGCCCGUUUUCUCCGAGUGCUUCGGGGCUUUCACGGCCUGCAUGUGUACGCCUCAGAAUACUGGGUAGAGUAUCUACUGUAUAUUGCCGCCUCUAAUAAUGGGCUCGACACCAGCACGAGAUUCUUCAUUCGGACCAAGAGUUCGAUCGGAAAACGUUGGACGACUAGUUUAUCCACAUUGAGAACCAUCCUAAAAUCUGGAAUGCAGCAGGCAUCAUUGCAUCACAACGGGCAGGAAGGACCACCAAAGGUGAUGAACGAAACGGUAAAUGUCGCCCCCAAAUAUAGUCUCAGCGAGGUCAAGGGUCUAUCUACACUAUUGCAUAAUUACCAGCACACAGUCCAGGCGCUGCUCAAACUGUGGAGCUUUCCGGGAGUCAGUAUUCAGCAUCUCGAAAAGUUCAAGCAAGACUUCCGCUCCACAGCCUUCACUUGCAGGUUCUGGUCCUGUCCACUCACUGGCACUGGGUUCGAGGGUGAAGCUCUUCGGGAUAGCCACGAACGGGCGCAUGCCCCUCGUAUGCCAUGCAGCAUAUCGGGUUGCCAGUACCCUCCGUUCACCUCCGCACAGGCUUUGAAAAAUCACCUCGUCAAGUAUCACGACCAGGCCAAACACGUCGUCGCCAGGAGGUUAUUGGUGGAAGAACGACAAAAGAUAGACUUUUGGGAACCAUUGCUGAGACUUCCGGUCAGGCUCAACAAGCUCAACGAGGCCGGCCACCUGCGGUUGGCCAUCAUGAGCCUCAUAUAA